CACUGCGUUCAGUUGUAUGAUUUUAGAUGUUGAAAUACAGAGUCUGUAACGUGAUCAUUUCGGGGGGCUUCACAGUGAAGCUGUCAAAGAUUGGGCGAGGAGCUGGUUAUCUGGAAACGGUUCAGGCGCUCUGUGAGAUUUGUUUUCUGUUGGUGGAACUGGAAGCUCUCCUUUGACUGGCUGGGUUCUCGGUCCUGCGUAUAACAUUUUGUGGGCUUUCCCGUAAGGCUGAAGAAUUUAGCUUGGCUUAGGAAAUGAUGGGUUUUAGAGGUGUCAGGUAUCUCUACGCAACAUAAAUGGGAACUUCCCAGAAUCUGCAAGUAUCGUCUAAUGGCACUGUGAAAAUGCAGUAGGUAAACAUUACAAAGCCAGGAGGCAGACUUGUUUGUUGGUAUUUUGCCCUAGCUGCUCUUUAAUAGGUUUAAAUUGUGUCCAAUGGAUUUCUCCCUGACUGACUUGGACCUGGCUGCCUGGGUGUGUCUGAACAAACACCUUGAAAGCACUGCAAUUUUUCCAGCUUGUCAAAUUAAGAAAGCUUGGACUCAGUGACAAUGAAAUUCAGAGGCUCCCUCCGGAAAUUGCUAACUUCAUGCAGCUGGUGGAACUUGAUGUGUCUCGAAAUGAUAUUCCUGAAAUUCCCGAGAGCAUCUCAUUCUGUAAAGCACUGCAGAUAGCCGACUUCAGCGGAAACCCACUGACCAGGUUGCCAGAAAGCUUUCCUGAGUUACAGAAUUUAACUUGUCUUUCUGUAAAUGACAUCUCCCUGCAGUCUCUGCCUGAAAAUAUUGGCAACCUUUAUAACCUGGCUUCACUGGAACUGAGAGAGAAUCUUCUUACGUAUCUUCCUGACUCUCUUACCCAACUGCGGAGACUAGAAGAACUUGAUCUAGGAAAUAAUGAACUCUAUAACUUGCCGGAAUCCAUCGGAGCUCUCUUUCAUCUGAAGGACCUCUGGCUGGAUGGGAACCAGUUGUCAGAUUUACCUCAGGAAAUAGGAAACCUGAAGAACCUGCUGUGCUUAGAUGUCUCUGAGAACAGGUUGGAAAGACUUCCUGAAGAAAUCAGCGGCCUGGCUUCUUUAACGGAUUUAGUAAUUUCUCAGAAUUUACUGGAGACAAUUCCAGAUGGCAUUGGAAAGCUAAAGAAGCUGUCAAUUCUGAAGGUGGAUCAGAACAGACUUGCCCAGUUGCCUGAAGCAGUGGGGGACUGUGAAAGUCUCACCGAGUUAGUUCUUACAGAAAAUCGACUCCUGACCUUACCUAAAAGCAUUGGAAAACUUAAGAAGUUGAGCAACUUGAAUGUGGACAGAAAUAAAUUAAUGUCUUUACCAAAAGAGAUCGGCGGGUGUUGCAGCCUAACUGUGUUCUGCGUGCGUGACAACAGGCUGACAAGAAUACCUGCAGAGGUGUCGCAGGCCACAGAACUUCAUGUGUUAGACGUGGCAGGAAACAGGUUGCUGCAUCUGCCUUUGUCACUGACCACCUUGAAGCUGAAGGCUCUGUGGUUGUCUGACAACCAGUCCCAGCCUUUGCUCACGUUCCAGACGGACACGGACCACAGCACGGGGGAGAAGAUCCUGACCUGCGUCUUGCUUCCACAGCUGCCCUCUGAGCCUGCUUGUCAGGAGAACCUGCCGCGCUGUGGAGCGCUGGAGAACCUGGUGAGCAGCGUCUCGGACGAAGCCUGGAACGAGCGCACCGUCCACAGAGUCAGCGCCAUCCGCUUUCUGGAAGAGGAGAAGGAUGAAGAAGAAAACGAGACGAGAACACUGCAGAGGCGAGCCACGCCCCACCCGGGAGAGCUGAAGAGCAUGAAGAAGACCGUGGAGAACCUGCGGAACGACAUGAACGCUGCCAAAGGACUGGACUCCAACAAGAACGAGGUCAAUCACACCCCUGACCGGAUGACCACCACGUCGGUGUAGAUCCUGCCUCUGCCUGCCGCGUCCCAGG